CCCAAUAACUUGUACGAAGACAAGCAACAGACAAAAACACAAAAAGUUUCUGCCUAGUUCUUUCCCUGUUAGCCCACCUUUUUCUUCCUUUUCACAGGCUUCUCCAGAUCCCAGAUUCUACCAGUCUCUCAGUUGACGAGAAACAAGGCUUUAGAUUCUCCUCUCCACCACCUCCUCUCCUACGUCUUUCGCUGUCUCUCUCUCUCCUUCACGUACGUGGGAUUUGCAUAGAUUUUACAGCAAGAUAACAUAACAGAAACAAGUAUUUUCUAACUUGCUCACUCUGUUAUUAGCAAUUCGACCUUUCUAUUUGGUUGCUAAGAAAGUUGAGGGAAAAAAAAAUGUUUCCAGUUCUGCUUUUAAACCCUUCUUCUGGUUAUUACGUUCUUUCGUUUUGCAUUAGUGGGAAUUGCUUUAAUUGUUUUCCUUUUCUUGUUUUUUCCUAGCAACCAAACAGAGAGUAUGAAGGUCCAUUUUGAAUAAUUCAAACUUAUUUCCCCUUGAAAACCUUCGAAUCCAUGCUUCACUGACUCGUUUUUCUUGUAUUCAACGGUCUUAUCAGUUUCAAAUCUUGUGAAGUUAUCUUAGCUGCCAUGCAAAAUUUUCAUCUUCUUUCUCAUUCAUACUGACUUACAACUUCAGAUUUUCUGUAAUUCAUUAUUGAUUUUUUCCAAGUCAUUGCAGUAUCAGACGGACUGGGAAGUAUUUGGAAGAAGAAGAAGAAGAAGAGAAAAUGAAGAAGUCUGCUUCAGAACAGAGUUUUUACAUAGAGAGUGAUGAGGAAGAUGAAGAGAAGGUGCUUAACAGAGAUGGACAAGGUGAAGACUAUGGGUAUCAAUCUGAUUCCGAUGAUUCUGUAGCUGAUAAUCAGCAACAGAACAAAACUGGUUCUUACAACACUUCUUGGCCUCAGAGUUACAGGCAGUCCAUUGAUCUUUAUAGUAGUGUGCCAUCUCCAAGUAUUAUUCUGGGAACUCCUACACUGUCAAGAUUUAGCAGUUCAUUUUUAUCUUCUUCCCUAACAAGAAGACACACACCCGAAUCACUACCUUCUGUGGCAAAACCUUUAAUAUCAAAGGCAGCAGAAGAUGAGCAGUUGCCAACACAAAGGCGCAGUUCUCAUUCACUACUUCCUUCAGUUCUCUCGAGAAGAUCUUCGAUUAAAAAGGAUGAGAAACCAACUAAGACUUCACAUGAAUUCGCCACUUCUCGCCAAAGCUCGUUUGGACAGGCUGUGCUUAAUGGCUUGAAUGUUCUAUGUGGAGUUGGGAUUUUGUCCACUCCUUAUGCUGCUAAAGAAGGAGGAUGGCUUGGGCUCUCUAUAUUGCUCAUAUUUGCAGUGCUUUCCUUUUACACUGGGAUGCUUUUGCGUUACUGUUUGGAUAGUGAACCUGGGAUUGAAACUUACCCUGACAUUGGCCAAGCUGCAUUUGGCACUGUUGGUCGGACUGCCAUCUCUAUAAUCUUAUACGUAGAAUUAUAUGCUUGUUGUGUUGAACAUAUAAUUCUUGAGAGCGAUAACUUAUCCUCUUUAUUUCCGAAUGCACAUUUAAGUUUGGGUGGAUUAGAGCUAAAUUCACACCACGUCUUUGCUCUUCUGACCACCCUUGCUGUUCUCCCAACCGUCUGGCUUCGAGACCUUAGUGUGCUUAGCUAUAUCUCUGCUGGUGGAGUUAUUGCAUCAGUUGUGGUGGUCAUCUGCUUAUUCUGGGUUGGCUUGGUUGAUCAUGUUGGGAUCCACAGUAAAGGAACUGUACUGAACCUUGGGACUCUUCCUGUCGCCAUCGGUCUCUAUGGUUAUUGUUACUCAGGACAUGCUGUUUUCCCAAAUAUCUACACCUCAAUGGCACAACCUAACAAAUUCCCUAUGGCUCUCUUGACAUGCUUCGGUAUCUGUACUGUCAUGUAUGCUGGAGUUGCUGUUAUGGGGUACACAAUGUUUGGAGAAUCAACACAAUCUCAGUUCACUCUUAACAUGCCACAAGAUCUACUAGCCUCAAAGAUUGCCGUGUGGACUACGGUAGUGAACCCAUUUACCAAAUAUGCAUUAACCAUGUCUCCAGUGGCAAUGAGUCUUGAGGAAUUGAUACCAUCAACCCAUUUGAAGUCUCACAUUUAUGCCAUCUGCAUCAGGACAGCACUGGUCAUCUCCACUUUGAUCGUCGGUCUCUUGAUUCCCUUUUUCGGACUGGUGAUGUCUUUGAUUGGAUCUUUGUUGACAAUGCUAGUAACCUUGAUACUUCCUUGUGCUUGUUUCCUCAGCAUCUUAAGGGGUAAAGUAACAAGAUUUCAGGCUAUACUUUGUGUAAUGAUCAUUGUAAUAGGGGUGAUAUCAUCAGUCUUUGGAACCUACUCAGCCCUCUCCAAAAUUAUUGAGAAUUUGAGAAGCUGAUUU